GAAUCACAUACAAGAACCUCGUGAAGAGGCACAGGGUUGCAAUCUCUCAGAACUUGUCACUCAUUGGUCAGGCUGGCUCCUAUGCUAAUAAGGGGGCAGUUCCAGCCGGUAGAAGAUUCCAGUUUCAUCCUCUGACUCGCACCCAAGCUCCCUACAUCCCAAAGCAGAUCUGGAUGGCACCCAUUUCUUGCCACUACAGGCCUGUGCCCAUGGGUGACAAGUUGAAUUCAGUGUUGGGGGGCCGCAAAGCGCCAUGUUGGCUGGUGAUCAUGCUGGUCGUGGGGGUGGGAAUUCUGCUUGUACCCUUGAGCAUCUUCGCUGUCAAGGCCAACAGAGAGUCCUGCAAGGAUGGCCUCCUAGCAGAGCAGAAGUGUCAAAACCUCACCCACCUUCUGGAGCACCAGCUGACCCAAGCCCACAACCUCUUAUUAAAGAUGAAGAACCAGACUGCCACUUGCAACCAGACUGUGGUGACUCUAAAGGCUUCCCUGGAGGCUGAGAAGGCUCAGGGCCCCAAGCAGCAGGAACUACUGCAGGAGCUUCAAGGAGAGAUCAAGAAAUUGAAGCAGAAGCUGCAGGAUACUACCACCGAGCUGAAACAACUAAGGAAAAAGAAUGAAGCCUCGGAGGAGGGAAAAGGCUCCACCAGCUCCGGAAACACCAUCAACCCCCUGGUAAUCCAUGUGCUUCUGACCCUGAGCCUCCGGGCUCUGCUGGCCUGAGGUCCCAGGAAGCUGGCUGGCCACAACCUGGACUGGUCCUGUUCCGGCUCGGCUUCCCUGUCCUGCCCAGUCCAGAGGGGCCACACAGCAGCACAGUUGGGAGAAGGGGACAGCAAAGGGAGAGGAGGGAGCCUGGUGACAGGGUGGUUCCUGGGACAGCUCUGAGGGGUCAAUAUGGCAGUCUUGGGGGUGGCAAAGUAUCAGAGUUGGCCCAGGGCUGCCUCCCCAACCCUCCACCCCCAAGCUGGGAGGUCAUGUGGGAGAGAGCAUCUGCGUAUUGCUCUCACAGUUCCUGGAAGGUCACGUUUUGUCUUUUUUUGGGGGGGCUCCAAAAAAUAAACACCCCUUUUGGGGGGCAAAACCUUA